GCAUCGACACCGGAGGCUUUUUGCUAAAGCAGCAUACUUGGUUUUUAUACACGUAAAUGAAGUAAUUAGAAACACUUGUUAAUCAUAAAUGCGUGUUUAAUUUCAUAGGGGUCUUAUAAAAUUGAUCUUUCCCUGAGCUGACAUUAUCCACGUGUGUCAAACAUUGCCGUGUUUGUGUCAGUCACCGCUAAAGAAUCAGGAAAUUCAAACUCUCCUCCUCUUCCCCUCUCCUCUCCUCUUUGGUAAAGUUUGUGGUCGGUCAUUUAAAGGAAUGACAUAAAGGAAGAGGUCUGUAUCGAGCAUGUGAUGGAUUAUUUAAACACGUUUCCACCGUCUGUGGGUGAUUUUGGGUGAAGGACAAGAAGAGAUGGAUGUGAGCUGUCAGGACUGGAUGUCAGCUCUGCCUGAAGAGCUGUGGGACAUUCCUCUGACAAACCUGGCCAUACCAGGCAGCCACGAUGCCAUGAGUUACUGCCUGGACAUAAACUCUCCUUUGGUGCCUUCUGAGUCAGACUUUUUCAGACUCCUCGACAGACUCUUCUCCUGCUUCACCAGACCGACCAUCUUUAAAUGGGCUACGACACAGGACAAAAGCAUCGAGGAGCAACUGUCAAUGGGGAUCCGGUACUUUGAUCUUCGCAUUGCACACAAACCCAAAGACUCCUCCAGUGACCUGUACUUCACACACGUCAUUUACACACAUCUAACCGUUCUGGAAACUUUGUUUUCUGUUGCCACUUGGCUGGAGUCCCACCCGAAGGAGAUCAUCAUUCUUGCUUGCAGCCACUUUGAAGGAAUUGAUGACAGUCUCCAUCAGUUGUUUAUUUUCUCCUUGAAGAAGCUGUUCAGGUCAAAGCUCUGCCCCAGAAAGGAGUCCAUGCCAACACUGAGGAGUCUGUGGGAAUCUGGUUACCAGGUCAUCCUCUCCUAUGAGUCCCAGAUUGCAGUCCGACAUCAGGAUCUGUGGCCCGCUAUCCCCUACUGGUGGGCCAAUAAGUGUACAGCACAGGGAGUGAUUAAUUACCUGGACUGGAACAAAGAGCUAGGACGUCCAGAUGGCUUUUUUGUCUCUGGUUUGAAUCUGACCGCAGACAGAUAUUUCAUCACAGAGAACCCCAAACAGUCUCUGCGGACUCUCACCUUCACUAACUGGGACUGUUUGAGGACAUGGCUGGAGGAGCAGACACCCGGGUCGGACCCUGAGAGCCUCAACAUCAUCGCAGGAGACUUUGUGGGUCCUCUCCCUCUCUGCUCUCUAGUCAUUAAACUCAACCAAAAACUCAUACGCAGAAAAACUGUCAAAUGAAAAGAUGCUUUUUUUAUACCCUAGAAAUGUGUACUAUAAACCUUGUUUACUUUUUAAAUAUUUUAUAAAUUUCUAUCGUUAAUUGUUCAUAAAAGGAACAUUGACUUAGAGGGAAGCAAAUAAACGUGUCUUAAUCUUACAUUCCUUUUUAAAAUGACCAGUAGAGGGUGACUCCUGUUAAAGCAUAACAAUGUCAGAUGAAGAUGUAAUCCAGCUUUUCAGAUAAGUAUUUUCCACUGUGAAGAUUUUCAUUAGAAGUUUGCCUUGGUGCUGUGCUACCAUCUGAUUUCCACAUCACCUGAAAAACAUCCUGCUUACCUUUUGCUUGUUCUAAAUGACACUGAAAUUCAGCAAGCCCAUAUGACUGAGGUAUUUGCAGCAUUAUGUGUGUGAAACACAGUUGGGUUAUAAUUUUUAAAUAUAUAAAGAUUUUUUAAAAACUUC